GUCCAGCCAAGCUUUAAUAUUUCUUCCGGAACCGGUGCGCCAUCAUUUUGCACGAUCUCGCGCUCUCUUUCUCUUUUUUAGAUAGAAGCCAAGAAAGGAACGAUUUCUCCCAGCGCAGCGAGUUCUGGACCGCGAAAGGCGUCGCACCUUCGCCUAGCAACCACAAAUGCCGAAUAGUAUCGGUCAGAAGCCAGUGAUGUAAAUAAAAGCACAUGGGCAGCUCUUGUGGCCAAUCCUAGAACGGGGAGGUUUGUGAAGUAGCCAAUGGAAUCUAAGAAUUCGAACAGGGCGAGAUUGUUGCGACGAAGGUGGUUCUCUUCGGCGCGCUGCAGCGAAGCUCGACUUCGUCUGGAGGGAGCUUGGGAAGGACGACGCCCAGAGAAGGGACAAGAUCAACAAGAGUUUUGGAAGGGCCCUUUAAAUAGGAGCCGGGCGUGGAUUUGUGUUUUAUUUUGGUUUAAGAGGCAGCUAGUCAAUGGAACAAAAGGAAAGUCUUAGAGGCGUUGCUGCGGUGCAGCAUCUAUGAAGUGAACCUUUAACACUUCGCUAUUACUUCUGUGUUCCAUCCAGACUGAUCUUUCUUGUAAAGAAGAAAGAACUUUUAUUUACUGAACUAUUUUCUCACCCUGCACAGAUUUUUUUUAGUACAGAUUAAGUACAGAUUUUUUCCCUCUUUUUAAAAAGAUAUUGUAUUUUGUUAAUUAUUAUUUUUAAAAUAAGGCAAGCAGUUGUCACAUAGCAAGGAAUUGCUCCAAGGACUGGAGACAUGUCUGUUGAAGUCAGCUUGAGUGAGUUGGCAGACCUCUCCAUAGGGACCCCAGAGAUUGGCAUUGUCAAUUUCAAUGCUCUCCAUGCCCUUCUCCAUGCCAUCAUCAGACAUCUUAAGAUUCAGGAUAUCAAAACAGAGGUGAAGGAGGACAGGGGCCCACCACCCAAGCCUACACAAGUGGUGCCUCUGGUGUCUGUUGAAAAGAUGGUGCCUGUACUGGAGUUAGUUGAGGAGGCUCCUAAAUCAAGGCAGAAGGAGAAGGAGAGGGACAGGGAGAAGGAGAGGGACAGGGAGAAGGAGAGGGACAGGGAGAAGGAGAAGGACAGGGAGAAGGAGAGGGAGGAGAGGGACAGGGAGAGGGAGAAGGAAAAGGAAAGGGACAGGGAGAAGGAAAGGGACAGGGAGAAGGAAAGGGACAGGGAGAAGGGAAGGGAGAAGGGAAGGGAUGAGAUAAAAGAUAGAGAGAGAGAAAAGGAGAAAGCAGCAGCAGAUACAAAUUCUCGACUUGAUGACUUGGAAAAGAAAAUGCUUCAGGUGGAGGCUAAUCUCCAGGACAUGGGACAGCACGUCCAAGGGAUGCAAGAUAAGUUUGAAGAUGUGGAACACAAAGUCAAAGGAGUGCAAGAUCAGGUCCAGGAUGUGGGAUACCAGGUCAAAGGGAUGCAGGAUCAGGUCCAAGGGGUGCAAGAUCAGGUCCAGGAGGCACAAGAUACAAUGCAAGGGAUGGUUAAGACCCUUAAAAACUUUGAAAAUCAAGUCUCUGCCUUGGAGAAGCUGCCUUCUGGAACAGAGUUGCUAGAGAAAGCCAAGGGCGGUAGCAGCACUGCUGUGUCUGACAUGUGGCAAAUGAUGCAGAUGCAGAAGAAGGUGGAAGCCAACGAGAAUGGCAUCAACCAGGCCAUGAAUCUGUUACAAGAUCUAUUAGAUGAGACUGGCAACAUGAAAUCCGCUACAUCCAACCUGGAGGAUGAUGUACAACGGCUCAAGGAACACUUAGCCCUGAUAGACCCCCAUACAUUUGACGACCGGCUAAGGACUUGCUUAAGUGACCAAAUGAGCUUGGAUCAAGAUGUGAAAGGCUUAGAGAAGAGGCUGGGCCAAUUUCCUUCCCCAGAGGAAAUGAACAAUAUGGUGAGAUGGGAGGUUCUCGAGGAUGUCCUUGUGAAAGGAAAGAGGAGCCCAACUCCAGAGACAAGUCCAGUCCAGCACUCUCCAACUGGCACUCCACCCUCCCCUGGAUCUACAGGAACCCAACUUGGUGCACAGAGAAGAGAAGGAGCUCCAGGGACACAGGCUGGCUCACCUGGGGCACAAGCAGGCCCGCCAGGGGCUCCCAGCGGUGCUCCAGCAGCUGUCCCUGGAGUUCAGCCAGGAGGCCAGCCUGGUGCGGCUGCAGCCGGAGGUGGUUACCCAGGGGCCCAGGUGGGAGCAGCUGGUGUUCCGGCAGGCAUGCCUGGGGCUGGGCCAGGAGCUGCCUAUCCUGGAGCCCAACAAGGAGCAGCUCCUGGAGCAGUCUACCCAGGGGCCCAGUCAGGAGUUCCUGGAGCCCAGGUUCCCUAUCCGGGGGCACCCGGGGCCUAUCCUGGCGCACCCGGAGCUCAGGCACCCUAUCCUGGAGCACCCGGGGCCUAUCCUGGAGCACCCGGGGCCUAUCCUGGAGCACCCGGGGCCUAUCCUGGAGCACCCGGGGCUCAGGCACCCUAUCCUGGAGCACCCGGAGCCUACCCUGGAGCACCUGGGGCCUACCCUGGAGCACCCGGGGCCUAUCCUGGAGCACCCGGGGCUCAGGCACCCUAUCCUGGAGCACCAGGGGCUCAGGCAGGAGUUCCUGGAGCACCUGGGGCCUAUCCUGGAGCACCCGGGGCUCAGGCACCCUAUCCUGGAGUACCCGGGGCCUAUCCUGGAGCACCCGGGGCUCAGGCACCCUAUCCUGGAGCACCCGGGGCUCAGGCACCCUAUCCUGGAGCACCUGGGGCUCAGGCACCCUAUCCUGGAGCACCUGGGGCUCAGGCAGGAGUUCCUGGAGCACCUGGGGCCUAUCCUGGAGCACCCGGGGCUCAGGCAGGAGUUCCUGGAGCACCUGGGGCAUAUCCUGGUCCACCAGGGGCCUAUCCAGGAGCUCCCGGGGCUCAGCCUGGAGCUCCCGGGGCCCAGGCACCCUAUACCGGAGUUCCUGGGGCUCAGCCUGGAGCGCCCGGGGCCCAGGCAGGCUAUCCUGGAGCGCCCGGGGCUCAGCCUGGAGGGCCCGGGGCCCAGGCACCCUAUCCCGGAGCACCCGGGGCUCAGCCUGGAGGGCCCGGGGCCCAGGCACCCUAUCCCGGAGCUCCUGGGGCUCAGCCUGGAGCGCCCGGGGCCCACGCAGGCUAUCCCGGAGCACCCGGGGCUCAGCCUGGAGGGCCCGGGGCCCAGGCAGCCUAUCCCGGAGCUCCUGGGGCUCAGCCUGGAGCGCCCGGGGCCCAGGCAGGCUAUCCCGGAGCACCCGGGGCUCAGCCUGGAGGGCCCGGGGCCCAGGCACCCUAUCCCGGAGCUCCUGGGGCUCAGCCUGGAGCGCCCGGGGCCCAGGCAGGCUAUCCUGGAGCACCCGGGGCUCAGCCUGGAGGGCCCGGGGCCCAGGCAGCCUAUCCCGGAGCUCCUGGGGCUCAGCCUGGAGGGCCCGGGGCCCAGGCAGCCUAUCCCGGAGCUCCUGGGGCUCAGCCUGGAGCGCCCGGGGCCCAGGCAGCCUAUCCCGGAGCUCCUGGGGCUCAGCCUGGAGCGCCCGGGGCCCAGGCAGCCUAUCCUGGAGCUCCUGGGGCUCAGCCUGGAGCGCCCGGGGCCCAGGCAGGCUAUCCUGGAGCACCCGGGGCUCAGCCUGGAGGGCCCGGGGCCCAGGCAGCCUAUCCUGGAGCUCCUGGGGUUCAACCGGGUGCUCCUGGAGCCCAGCCUGAAGUUCUGGAGGCCCAGCCAAUAGUGCCCUGGGCCCAGGCAAUCUACUUUGGGGUCCAGCCUGGUGUUACUGAUGCCCAAGCUGAAGGCCAGCCUUGGGCUUCCUGGGCCAUUCCUUCUGGGUAUCAGCUUGCAGUGCCACCUGCGCUUCCUGUGGGUACUACACCCCCAGCAUCACCGGCAUUCACCCCCACAACUCCUGUACAGUAUUCCGAGUCUCCCUCCUCUGGAUCCACUUUGGCCCCGGCCCGCUAUGCUGAGACUGUGGAUGCCCUACGCCAACUCUCCACGCUGACCGACCUCUACAAUGCUUUGAGAGAUCAGAUUAACUUGCUGGAUAUGUACAAGUGUAACCACGCAGAUCUCAACAGGCUGCGAGACUUCCUCACUGACGCACUUUAUAAGAGCCUUGCUGGCAUCCCACCUGACCUUCCAGACAAGCUCUCUGCAAUCAAGUCCAUGGAAGAAGACCUGAAAACUGAAAAAGAGAAGUUAAACAAGAUUCAGAAAGUCAUUGAAGGAGAGCUGGCAGCGGCAGACUCAGAUCAGAAAGUGGAGGGAGCUGGUCAGAUCAACAUGCAGAUAGGUUAUCUCAGAGCAACAGUGCAGGAUAUAGAGAAAGAGCUAAAGGAGCUGAGAGACAAGCAAGAUAUGGGGAAAGCUACGCUGGAACAGUCAGUGACCGACACUGGCCUCUAUCUGCAGGAACAGUUAGACAAGCUUAGAUCUGUCAUAGAGAACAUGAUGACCUCUUCGUCCACCUUGCUGUCCAUGAGCAUGCCACCCACCCCGGAGCCCGGGCUGGCUGCGGUUCACGGCACAGGCACAUGUGCAGCUUGCACCUUAGAUGUGAGUGAGAAGGUUAGCCAGCUGUUCAAGCGCUAUGAGCAGCUGCAGGACUCCAUAAACAACUUCAUGGCCAGGCAGGCAGAAGGCAAGGCAGCCAAGAAACCCAAGCACCGCCAGGAUGAAGAGUUGCUCAGCAACAUCCAGAACACCAUCCUGCAAGUUCAGGAAGACUGCGAGAAGCUGAACAAUACCACAGGCACGCUCAUAGAAGAUCAUCGGCAGAAGCAGAAAGAGAUCAGUAUGUUAUUCAAGUCCCUGGAGAAACUAGAAAAUGAAAAAGCUGACAAAGAUCGCCUGGUGAUGGAAAUUGAUGUGAAAGCGGAUAAGACUGCCUUGGCUGGGAAGGUCAGCCGCAGGCAGUUCGAUGCCACCACAGAGCAGUUGCAUAAGAUGAUGCAGGAGCUGUUAAAUAAGAUGGCUGGGCAAGAGCAAGACUGGCAGAAAAUGCUUGACAAACUCUUGAUUGAAAUGGACUCCAAGCUGGACCGCUUGGAACUUGAUCCAUUCAGACAGCAGCUAGAGGAGCGCUGGAAGGACAUUCGGAAACAGCUGAAGCAGAGGGCCCCACAGGAGGAAGGCGAUGAAGCUGCCGGGAUCAGGAGGAGACUUCUGGCUCAUUUCCACUGCAUUUCUUGUGACCGACCUUUGGAAAUGGUGGUGCCUGGCCCGCACAUCACAACACUCCCUGCGGUGCCAGGGCUACCUCCUCACCAGUCCCUCCGGCCAUACAUGGUUUAUGAAUUGGAACAAAUCAGGCAGCUCAACCGCAAUCUGAAAUUAGGACCCAGUGUUCGCUUUGACGCCUUGGAGAAGAGUGCGAGUCUCAACAAGCUGCGCCGCAUCCAUUCCAAGAUGCUCAUGGAUAUUCAGAAGGUGCAGAGCCACUAUGGUGGAGCAGCAAAGGUCAACGCGCAGAUGAUUAGGGAGAUUCUGCAGUCUCAGUGCCUUGGCCCAAGCCAGUAUGGCAAACGUGACAAAAUUCCUGACCUGAUGGACUACACAUAUGUAAGCGUACCCCGGCACUGUGGUGGCAGCCAUACCCUAACUUACCCAUACAGGCGCUAUGGACGGCUACAGCAGUUUGCCCAGUGCAUGCCACCAAUCCAUCCAGAGGAAAACACCAUGCUGGCAGUGAUGAAGGAUGAGGAGGUGGACAUAUUGGGCCUCGAUGGCCACAUCUACAAAGGACGGAUGGACACGCAGCUCCCAUCCAUUACAGAAAAGGACAGUGUUUUAAGAUCAAGAAACAAGCUCAUCCGAUCUUCCUCACAACGGCACCAGCCCACACUCAGUGACAUCGCCAACCUCCCAACUCGGCCCCACACUGCCAAAGUCUCUUUGCGCAGCCAGUCAGCUAAGUCACUCGGUGACAAGUCUACGAUGUCUCCAACCCACUUAAGGGCUGUUGAGGAGCCUGGAAUGCCGGAUAGAGAAAGUUUAGAGGUACGGAUGGAAAUCCCUGCAAGACAGCGAGCCGAUCAACAAUCAGCAUAGGCAGAACGAUUCCAACCUUGUGCUUCAAUGAAAACGUGCUCACAGAUGAAAGCCAGACAAUAAUGACGACUGUGCAGACAUGCUGCUGCCACGGGAACAAGGCCAUCUUGUGCUGUGCUCACAGCAGGUGCAUUAUCUGGCUCUUCCACAUAGUGAUGUUGCUGGAAGACGCAGGGUGCCAUGGGCACAAGACAGGGGGCAGUAUUUCCUUCUGUAGAAACUGCUAUGCCACUGCUUCUGCAUCUUUUUUUCGUCCAAGAAAAUGUAUUCAAUACAAAAUCCUCUGUUUAAACUCGUUCCAAAGACAACUGAUGUCAAUAUCCUCA